AUGGAUAAAAGUCCAAAUAUUGGGCUAAGAUUGCAAUUGGAGGUCAUACUUGCAAGUUAUGAGGUCCGGACGACAUGCCCCUCCAAGUACCGGUUGGAUGGUUCGCACCCUCAAGAUCCAAACGGGGAUGCAACAGGAAAGGAGCAGGACCGCCGCACCACUAAAGACGACAUUCCUACCGACGAUACUGAUGGAGAAUUAGUGCAGAUCCUAAUGGAGCGAUAUUACUUGAUGAGCGAGGAGAUGGAUCAGAUGAGACAAACUAUCGUGUCCCUCGCGUCCGGUCCUCAGUGCAGUAGUCCAGCCCAAAUCUCUCUUACAAUGAUCCACAUGACCUUUUGUUCAUCUUUAGGUUUCCGUCUUGUUCGUGUCUUCAAAGUUGUUGAGCCUGUUUCUUUAUCUCGUAAAGUCUACCUCACUUGUAUACUCCCUAUUGGUGCUCUUUAUUCUGUUUCCCUUUGGCUUUCAAACUCUGCUUAUAUCUAUCUUUCUGUUUCCUUUAUUCAAAUGUUGAAAGCCCUUAUGCCUGUUGCUGUUUAUACUAUUGGGAUCUUGUUUAAAAAGGAUGGUUUCAAGAACUCAACUAUGGGGAAUAUGCUUGCUAUUUCAGUUGGUGUUGCUAUUGCUGCGUAUGGUGAAGCAAAGUAUGAUUCUUGGGGUGUUUUACUUCAGUUACUUGCUGUUUUGUUUGAGGCUACUAGGCUUGUUAUGAUCCAGAUCUUGUUGACUUCAAAGGGUAUUAGCUUAAAUCCAAUUACUUCUUUGUAUUAUGUUGCUCCUAGUUGCUUGGUUUUCUUGUCAAUUCCUUGUAUUUUUGUGGAGCUUCCAGUAUUGAGAGAGAACUCGAGUUUUCAGUUUGAUUUCGUUUCUGGGAAAUUAAAUGGGUUGAAGUUCUGGUUACUUCCUUUGUUUGAUGGUCCAGCUUCAUUGCUGGUUCAUUUUAGGUAAAUUUAUUGAACUCACUCAUGGUGGAAAACAAUUGGUGUCCUUUGAUUUCCUGCAAUUUUAUGGUCUGUAAAUUACUAGCAUUUCAAGCAGUAUUGCUCUGUUGUAAUCUAUCUAAAGUAAGGAAAGA